UAAUUUUAGACGCUACGCGGGAUUGUGAAAUUUUUUACGUUCCGCGUUUUUUCGAAGAAAAAUAAUGGAAAUGGACCAGGAGCUGAUGGAUUUCUUCGAUUUUUCGAAGGAAUUCAAGCGCAGGCCGGCCCCGCAGGGCUACAUUAGCCGCGAUCCGAGCAUCAUGGCCGAGGAGGCCGUCGAUUCGAAGGUGGUGAAGCGCGAGGUGAUCGGCACCGAAUAUGUAAACGAAAUCGUGGCGAAGGAAAAGCUUCGUCUGAAUGGGACGCUGCGCGACGAUUGCCCCGAAAGCAAGCGGAAUCGCACGCUGAAUGACUUGGACACCGACGACGAGGAGGACGAGUCCGAAAUCCGGCGGGAUGAUGAGUACUACAAGAAGUACAGAUUCAAUCUGAAUCGCGAUCGUAAUCUGCCGAUCUACGCUAAGCGGGAGGAGAUCUUGGCGGCCAUCAAAGCGAAUCCAGUCGUAAUUCUCAAGGGCGAAACAGGAUGUGGCAAGACCACGCAGGUGCCCCAGUACAUUUUGGACGAGGGCUUCAAGAGCGGCCAAUACUGCAACAUUGUGGUCACCCAACCGCGGCGCAUAGCUGCCAUUUCGAUAGCCAAUAGAGUGUGCCAGGAGCGCCAAUGGCAGCAGGACACCGUGUGCAGCUACCAGGUGGGCCUGCACCGUCCGACGACUCUGGAGGACACUCGUUUGCUGUACUGCACCACCGGUGUGCUGCUGAACAACCUGAUACGCAACAAGACGCUGACCCAAUACACCCACAUCGUGCUGGACGAGGUGCACGAACGAGACCAGGACAUGGACUUUCUGCUGAUCGUUGUCCGUCGCCUGCUGGCCACCAACUCGCGGCAUGUAAAGGUCAUCCUGAUGUCGGCCACCAUCGAUGCGAGGGAACUGUCGGACUAUUUUUCCACCGACACCUCGAUUCCGCCGGUGAUCACCGCCAGUCAUGGGCGUAAAUACUCGAUCGAGAAGUUCUACCGCGACCAACUGACCAGUAUCAAGUGGAAGGAUGAUCCCGACCAGGAUCAGUUCAUUCCACGCAUCAACGACGACGGCUACAGGGCGGCCGUAAAGAUCAUUAUGGUCAUUGACAACAUGGAACGGGAGGGCGGCAUCCAGUCGCGGCUGAGCUACGACGAGGCCCUGCGCCAUGGAGCUGUGCUCAUCUUUCUGCCCGGCGUCUACGAAAUUGACAACAUGGCACAGAACAUUACUUCUAUGCUGAACGAUGAUCGAAACAUUAAGGUCUUCAUUGUACGCUGCUUCUCGCUGAUGACCCCCGAGAAUCAGCGGGAUGUGUUCCAGCCGCCGCCUCCUGGCUACCGCAAGAUCAUCCUGACCACCAACAUCGCCGAGAGCUCCAUCACGGUGCCGGAUGUGUCCUACGUCAUUGAUUUCUGUCUCACCAAAGUGCUGGUCACCGAUACGGCCACCAGUUUCACCUCUCUGCGUCUGACUUGGGCCUCCAAGGCCAAUUGUCGCCAGCGUGCCGGGCGUGUUGGUCGUCUGCGCAGUGGACGUGUCUACCGGAUGGUCACCAAAUCCUUUUACCAAAUGGGAAUGUCUGAGUUUGGCAUACCAGAAAUGUUGCGUUUACCUUUGCAAAACUCUGUGCUCAGGGCCAAAGAACUGGAAAUGGACUCUCCUGUUGAUAUAUUGGCCCUGGCUCUUUCUCCACCGAAUCUGUCGGACGUAAAAAACACUAUAUUGCUGCUGAAGGAGGUGGGUGCCCUCUUCCUCACAGUAGACGGUGUCUACAACGAGCUGGAUGGCGAUAUUACCUACUGGGGGACCAUCAUGUCUCGGCUGCCGUUGGACACUCGUCUCUCCCGUCUCAUCAUUCUGGGCUAUGUGUUCAACCUGCUCGAGGAAGUGAUUAUCAUAGCUGCUGGCCUCUCGAUGCGUGGCUUGUAUGUAAACGAAGGUGCGAGGAAUCAAGGAGGCGACUCAUUUUGGAUGCACUAUAUCUUUGCCGAUGGCUCGGGCUCCGACUUGGUGGCCAUUUGGCGCGUUUAUCUGACCUACCUAAACAUGGUGGAAGUUGGCCACGAGCAGGAAUCUGCUAUUCGCUGGGCGAAGCGUUUCCACGUUUCCUUGCGUUCGCUCAAGGAAAUGCAUCUGCUGGUGCAGGAACUACGCACGCGAUGCACAAAUCUCGGCCUGAUUCCGUUUACAGUUGAUCCGAGCCAGCGGAUGGGCGACCGAGAGAAAUCAAUUAUACUCAAGGUGAUCAUCGCUGGAGCUUUCUAUCCGAAUUACUUUAUGCGCUCGAAGGGGGUGUGUGUGGAGCCGGAACGGGAUAUGUACCAGGUGAUAUCGGGCCACGAUCCCUGUCGCACCGUCUAUUUCACCAACUACAAACCGGGCUACAUGGGCGAGCUGUACACCAGGCGCAUCAAGGAACUCUUUCGCGAGGCCAAGAUCCCGCCAGAGAACAUCGAAGUGACCUUUCAGCACGGCUCUCAGAAGGUAUUCGUUACAUUCCGGCACGACGAUUGCAAUGCAGAUAGCUCCAGUCUGGUCAAUGUUUCGGGCAGGAUCGCAAGUGAGGUCUACAAGGCGGUCAGGAUGAGAGUUGACCGCUUGCAACGUCCUAUAAGGAUAAUGGAUCAAAUCCCUUUUUUGAACUACGUACAGAGGCAAAAAAUAGGGGAGGUGAUUGAGGGUCGUUGGGUUCCACCCGCAAAAGCGACAAAUGUAGAGCUGCUUGCCUUGCCCUCUGUUUACGAGAAGACUAUUACGGGUUUGAUAACUUGUAUUGUCAGCUGCGGCAAGUUUUACUUCCAGCCGCAGUCCUUUGCCGAGUGCAUUCGCAACAUGUCGGAGAUCUUCAAUGCCUCACAGCAGCUGCGUAAUCAUGUCCUAAACGCAGGGGCCAUCACCAAGGGCAUGAUGGUGCUGGCCAAGCGGGAUAGUCAAUUCCAGCGCGCCACAGUGAUCCGUCCCGAGAACCAAAGCAAUCGCCAGCCGAUGUUCUAUGUUCGCUUCAUUGACUACGGAGACUGUGCGCUGCUGCCCAUGGAGCAGCUGCGUCUGAUGCCGGAUGAGCUGGUGGCGCAGUACGGCGAUCUGCCACCACGUGUGUUUGAAUGCCGGCUGGCGCUGGUUCAGCCAUCGAUGGUGGUCAGCGCCAAUAACCGAUGGCCCGCGGCGGCCAAUGAUAAGCUUAAGGCGAUGGCCAAAUGCGGUCGCAUUGAUAUUGAGGUGUAUUCGUUGUUCAACAAUGUUGCUGCUGUUUUGAUUCACAUGCGCGAUGGUUUGCUCAACGAGAAGCUUGUGGAGCUCAAGUUGGCUCGCCGGGCCGACGAAGAUUUCAUGUCUCGCCAGGAUCAUGACUUCCGCUUGCGCAGACAAGAAACCGCCCGCUACACAACCUCGGCGGAGCGUCAGCAAAUCAAUGAGGAGUACCUGCGAUCCUGCCAGCUGCUACAGGAUCAGGACCUGCCACCUCCUCCAUUGGAUAAGUGCAACACUGUGGUGAUGCUGAAGGGACCCUACAGUCCGCUGGAGUCGAACAUGUACUCCACCAUUCGUGUGGGUGUUUGGAAGUCGGUGAAAAUAGAUAAUGCAUCGGUUAAUGCGGUUCUGCUCGACUCAGAUCCGCAGGAUCAGCACGAUCAGAUGAUUGUGGCCCACACGACGGUGGAGAGUGCCGAUGGGCAGAUUCUCACUGCUCGCGGAACCACACUGAUGCCCAAUAUACACGGAUUUGGGGCCCUGAUGGCUAUGCUCUUCUGUCCUACCAUGCAGAUCAAAUGCAAUAAAGCUGGCACCAAGUAUGUGUCCAUCUUGGCGGGAAUGGGUUGCGAUCCAGUGACCAAUGAGCCGUAUUACGAAGAGCACGAUAUGGUGAUUAAUUUGGACGUCAAUAUACUGGAAGAUGAUCUUAGCCUGAUCAAUCAAAUGCGCUACAAUAUAGAUAGUGUCUUUUUCAACUUUAAGGACGAAAAUUAUCCAGCUGUUAGUGUUAACGAACGCGUUUCUAUAUAUACUCAGCUAAGGAGCAUGAUGAAUCGACUGCUGUCCAAGGAUCGUAGUUAUAUCGAGGUUAAUUCCAGCAACUCCGAUUACGAAUGGGAAAAAACUGACGAUGUGCCUAAGCAGGCUGAGCCGUUCGGCAAACGAGCCAUAUUCCCCAUGCACAGUAUUACCGAGCUACAAGAGGAGGACAUGGGUCAUUUGUUGCAGUUGGUGGAGAACUGCAAUAAGCUGUACGAGUGGCGCAACUUCGAAGGAGUUUUAGCUCCAAUGACCUGCAAACUAUGCAACCAGUUGUUGGAGUCUGUUCCCCAGCUACGUAUGCAUCUCCUCACUCAAUUGCAUCGCGAUCGCGAAAAGCAAAUCGACUAUCAUCAGAAGUAAAAAUAGUUAUCUCAAUUAAGACGAAAAUCUUAAUAUUAUUUCCGAAAAAAUAUGGUUACUUUUUUUUUUAUUAUUUUGACACAACAUAAGAAACAUUUAAUUCGUCAAAAGAAUGUUGAUUAAACCUUUUUCUAUGUCAUAUAAAAUGAUCUCACUUCGCGUAAUUGCAAUUUGAAACCUUCAGUUAUAAUUUUUGUUAUGUAUAUUAUCAUAUCA